AUGACAAGGCUCAUCGCUGCGUUGUUUCUUUACUUUCUCCCGAUAUGUUUUGCUGCUAACAAGUGCUACUAUCCCAAUGGUAUCGAGGCCAAUGAUUUUCCUUGCGACCCAGAUGCGAAGAACAGCGUCUGCUGUGGGGGAGGCUUAGGCACCGUAUGUCUGUCCAACAAGUUGUGCAUUGGAGCAGAUGGAAACACUUUGAGAGGCUCGUGUACAGAUAAGAACUGGGCGUCGCCCGAGUGUGCUAUGUAUUGUCUGGGUGCGGAUAGAGGAGGGACGGACUUGAUCUCGUGCUCAAACGUCACGGGUAGCGAUACAUCAUUUUGUUGCGAUCACAACCCAGGCUGUUGCAAUAGUGGUGUCGGGAGAUUCGCUGUCCUCCCAUCUAAUCCAAAAGUAUGGGCGACAUGGGAUCGAAGAGCAACCAAGUAUACCGUCGUAGGGACGGUGUUCAUCGACGAAGCCACCUCAACACCUGCGCCGGCUACUUCAGACGCGUCGUCUUUGGUCACAUCUGCAUCAACAUAUGUCACUACGACCAGCGAGGCAUCUGCAUCAAGUUCUGCGUCCAAUACGCCAGCAUCGGCCGAUGAGCCUGCAGGAAUAUCCACCAGUGCGAAAGCAGGAAUUGGUGCUGGUGUCGGUGUCGGGGCAGUGCUGGCUAUGACAGUCGUAUAUCUUCUGUGGAGGAUACGCAAGAAUAAGGCUACCGAGAGGGAGAAGCAAUUGCCACCCACAUACUAUGGACCAGGCACCGAUGCAUCUUGGCAACAACAUCAUUAUGCGCUUGGCGUGAAGGAGCUCCAGCCUCAACCGCCACAGGAACUUCACGGACAGGCGUUACAAGGUUACAACGUAAGGGCAGAAUUACCAGCACAUAAUUAA